AAUACUUUCACGCGAUCAUUGAAAAAUAAGCGCCAAAUUCAUUAUCACUAGAAGUUGCAGCAUCGCCGUAUUGCAUGAGUAUUGGUCCGCCACUCUAAGCCAGGAAUAAGAGAAAAAUUAUUGCCGCGACGUUGCCACGUCUUGGCUAGUCUGUUAAUUGAAAUAUGUUGGUCGACUAACAACACGCGCCACGCGCUGUCAAAAUAAUUGUUGGGACGUUCGUACUUUUGAGAUUCGAGAGAGCUGAGAAGAGAUCGGAUAGAGUGAUGUCGCAUGUCCAGUAUGUCGACGAGCUCGUUAAAGAAUAUCUGCUCUUUCGGGGCUUUAGCCAAACCCUUAGGGCAUUUGACUGCGAUCUCAAAGCCGAGAAGGAGAAAGGCUUCCGGGUAGAUAAAAUUGUAGAUCAAUUUAUGCAGUAUAUACAUGCGUACGAUCUGGCUUCGUUACGUGAAUUAUGGGGACAUUUGGAUCUUAGAUUAUUUUCUAGAUUGGAGAGCUACUUUGUACCCAGUAUUCGAAAAUUAGAGAAUUCUGUUCUGAAAAUGUACAUUGUUAAUGCAAUUGUUAAUAAUAAGCCUGAUAAAGUUCAAGAAUUUUUUAUAAAAAUGACUCCAGAAUUACAAGGACAUUCCGAAUGGCGAGAAUGGUUUGCACUUCCUUAUAUAAAAAAUCCCGAAGAGAAUCUAACAUUUUCAGUUUAUUUUAGUCGUCAUUGGCAAGAUACAUUAUUGGUUUCUCUACACAAUUUUUUAGCGACCAUCUUCCAAUGUAUGCCAAUGCCAACACUUUUAAUGAUCGACGAGGAUACUAAUAAAAUAAGAAGAUUACAAGAAGAAAAUGAGAGAUUAAGACAAAGGCUAAGCGAGAGGGUAAAAAUUGAUUCUAUUUUAGAUGUAAAUGCUGGAUCAUCGCCUCCAGAAACAUUAUUAAUGGAUGAUUUUUAUUUAAUUGCUCAAGAGUCUCCUGUAGUAGAUAAUCCUAAGACUAUAAGAAAUCUUAUUAGAAAUAUUGGUGGUGGAUCGAGUCCAAUUUUAAGUAGAAAAGCCACCGGUAGUAUUAAGAAACAUUCUGAAACGGAUAUAAACAUAACGAAGAGAGCAAGUACGAAAGGAAGAAUUCCAUCUUUGAGUAAAUCCGAGGCUGUAGCCAAAAGAAGUACAAGCUGUGACUCAAGAUUAUCUAGGAAAAGAGAUUCUUCUGUCGACGCUGGCAGAAAUUCUAAGCCCAAAGAUAAAUUAGACGGAAGUUACAUCCUCCUCAGUCAAGAAGAAUAUAUUGAACACAAAACGUCCAUUAUUCAAUGUAAAAGUAAUGCUAGUGGUUCUUAUGUUGCAACCGGAGAUGCAGAUGGCGUUAUAAAAAUUUGGACACCAAUUCCAUCACCAAAAACCGUGGCUACUUUUACAUCCUCAACUGCAAAUUCAAACAAAGCUGUGACAGCCCUCGACUGGAUAUCCAAGAACGAACGUUACUUCAUUCAUGGUGACAAUAACGGCGCGAUUCAACUACACGACACGCGCGAUUGCAAAACAAUUUGGGAGAUUCAGCACGAAGGGUCGCGUAUCGUCUCCCUCGUUUGUAAUCCGAACGACUCGAGUUUCGUCUGCUCGGUUUCGGACUCGGGCGAAGGCAAACUUCUGCUCUAUAAUAUUAAGACUAAAAAAAUCGAACGAACCCUGCCACUGGAGAAAAACCUCACCGCGCUCUGCUCGAGUUUCAACCAUAACGGACAGUUAUUGGUAACUGGACUGUCUAAUGGCAAUGUUCUCAUACACGAUUUGAGGAGAAACGAGAUAAUUGAUAACUUGAGUUGUCACUCGAGUCCAGUUAUCGACAUCGAGCUUACAAAUGAUUUUACGAAUAUUUGUGCGUUGAGCGAAGACGGAAAGCUGUGCCAAAGGAGCUUGAGCCAGACUGGCAAGAUUGUUUGGGAAACGAAGAUUAAGAUAGAGAAAAAUGCCGUUCAUGGAAAGCUUUUUACAUUUGAUCAGAGUGGCACGCACAUGCUGCUUUGUACGCAAAACGGGGGUAAUAUUUACAAGAUGCCACCGAGUCCUCAAGCAAAAAUUUUAGAAUUAGGUGGACACAAAGGGACACUGUGCUGCGAUUGGUCAACUGCUAAUCAAUCUGGCACUUGUAUUACUGGUGGUGCAGAGGGUAAAGCUCGAGUUUCCACAUUACUUUCACCAUGAUAUAGAAA